AAAAACAGAGUCUCUCUCCCGGGAAAAUGUUUGCCCUCUCCUUCCUCUGCGUGUAGUUUCUCUCCUUAUUGAUCUGAAUUUUCUUUGCCACCCAAACAGGAAUUUGUCAAUGAUCGCCGGGGUCAAUACGCAAUCGUUCUGAGAAACCCCAAAAAUUUCGAAAAUUGAGCUCUGAUUCCGACAAAUUCAAGAAUAAUAGGUGAUGUCGUGGUUGAGAUCGGCGGUGCAUAAAGCAGUGGAAGCUGGAGGGAACAACAAUAUCACUCGCACGGUCCGAAAUUAUGCGGACUCCGUUGUUCUUCAUGCCGGGAAUGCCGUCUUCGAAGGGGCCAAACUCAUCCAGGAUCGCAUCGGAUCGAGAAAUGUGAAGAGUUUUAGGGUUACAUUGAAGAGAUUAGAGGAGGUUUCGGUUUCUUGUAGAGGGGGCGAGAGAGUACAAUUGUUGAGAAGAUGGCUUGUGUCUCUAAGAGAGGUUGAGAGAAUGUCUGAUUUGUGUCCUGAGACCAACAACGAAGGCAACAACCACAAAUCCGAGGAUCAGAAGCCAAAUUCCGAAGAGUUUAGAGAUUCUCCCAAGAAACCCACUAUGGUUUAUUACUUUGAUCCUGGUAUGACGGGUGAGCCGAUGACCUUCCGAGAUGUUUUCCUCCAUAGCGAAGCCCUUGAAGGGAUGGUUUUAUCUAUGAUUCUGGAAGCACCGAAUGAGGAAGAGUUCGGGUUACUUCGGGAGUUGUUCGGGCUAUGUUUGUCAGGAGAAAAGGAAGUUCAUGAAGAGGUGAUAAAGAACGUGCAGGAUUUGGCAAUGGUCUUUUCGAAAUACAAGGAUGAAGUACUGGCAAAGCGCGAGGAACUGCUUCAAUAUGUCCAAGGUGCAAUUUCAGGGCUGAAAAUUAAUGCUGAUAUUGCAAGAAUAGAUACUGAAGCCCAUGCUCUGAUGGAGAAACUUGAUAAGAUGAAGGUCAAGCUUCUCGAGCAGGCUUCAAGUGAUGAUGAUGUAAAAUCCUCUGACAAACCUACCCCUCCACCAACAGAGGCCCUGCGGGAAAUUCUUGAAGAGAUUCGAACAUUUUCAAAGUUAGAAGCACUCUUGCUCGAGAAAAAAUCAUUGAGGAAUGGUGACUCCAUUCAACUACACAGUGAGAAGAUUGAUAAAUUGAAAGUUUUGUCGGAAUCCCUACUCAAUUCUACUUCAAAAGCUGAAAAGCGGAUUGUGGACCAUAGAACCCAGAAAGAAGAAGCGCUUAGCUACAGAGUUGCAAAAACUAGCGAAGUUAGCCAACUGGAAAAGGACUUGGCAGCAGAGCUGAAAAAGCUUGAGUUGCUGAAGGAUGAUCUUGAAGCUGAGCUGAAAAGGGUUAACACCUCAAUAACUUCUGCCAGAGCACGCCUUCGCAAUGCAAGGGAAGAGAGAGAGCAAUUCGAUGACGCAAGUAAUGAAAUUCUUAUGCACUUGAAGUCUAAGGAAGAGGAGCUGACCCGGUCAAUAUUUUCUUGCCGGGUAGAGGCAGAUGUUGUGAAUAAGUGGAUCAAAUUCUUGGAAGAAACCUGGAUCCUGCAGUCUAAAUUUGCUGAGCAAAAGGAAAAACAGGUCAUUGGUGAGAUGGAGAGAUAUAGCCACCAUUUCGUCGACCUGGUUGUUCAUCUUCUCUCUGUCUACAAGGAUCAGUUGGCACCUUGCAUACCCAAGAUCCGAAACAUCGUGGAAAACUUGGACCCGAGUAAAAAUAACAUCAGGCCAGAAGCUGAUAUAAGCUCGGAGAACACAAAUGGAAAACCGAUCAACCCUAGAAAACAACUCGAGAAGGAGUAUCUGGACCUUGAAGCUAAGUUUGUAACAGUAUUGAGCGUAGUGGAUGCAAUGAAAAAACCGUUCUAUACGCAGUCAGAAGGUAUCUCCAGGAAAGACGAUAAACGGGUAAAGGAGUUAUUCGAAGCUCUUGACAGAACAAAAGAAGAGUUCGAAUCAAUCGAAAGACCAAUUCUGGAUUUAGAAUCACCAUCAAGGUCUUCUUCACGUUCACCUUCACUGAAAACUCCUCACGAGACUCCACUCUCCGAAACUCCGAAAGCAAGUUAUGACUCACCAAACAGGGAGAAGGUCACUGAGAAAGAUCCAGCGAAGAAACUCGAGUUAGAACUCGACGAUGGAGAAGAGUUCUUGGCCGAUGAGAUUGGCGAUUGGGAGUUCGAUGCCAUCGAUACCGAUGUCCAAAACCAGGAGCGAAAAUGAUUGCUUGUGAGAAUGAAAAGGCUUUAGUGAGUGAUUUGGUGGGAAUUCAAACUCGCUUCCUCGCUUCUUUUAAAAGGGUUCAUGUGAGAGAUCUGUCUACGUGGGAUGCAAGCCACUAACCCUAGUUAAAGGGACUAUCAGAUCUUGGUUUUUGGGGUUGUGGGUCCAUUUGGUUCUUUUCGGGUUCGAUUUUACGGUUUUAGAAAACUAUAUCUAUUCGGUAUUUGUAUUAAAUUUGGGUUUAUUUUUUUAUUGACAAAAAUGUUUAAGGUUGAUUUUUUUUCACUUC